AUGUCGACGGCCGUGUGGCCGCCCACUGACGCGACGCAGCUGGCGCGCGAGCAGACGCACUCGCAGCAGCGCGAGCUCGAGUGGCUGCUUGCGCAGCUCGGCGAGACGCUGCAGUCGCUCAAGGCGGGCCUGGACGAGUGCGCCGCGCUGCUGGCGCCGUCGGAGAAUGGGUCGACGCUGGUGCUGACGUCGGUGCGCUCCGAGAGCCUCAAGGGCCUCGUCACCCGCGUCGGCACGCGCAUCGUAAAGGGCAACGUCAAGCUGCGCAUCGCGAGCCUGCCGCCCCCGCGCGGCUCGCAGUCGUUUGACAUUGCCAUUUCGGCUGCCCCGACGGCGCCCACGCUCGUCGUGCCCCAGCUCACGGCGGUGCGCACCGCCGUCAACGGCUGCCUCGAUGCCAUCGACGUCGUCUCCUGGGGCGGCGACGCGACCAACGCCGCCUUUGUCGCCGGCCAGCUGCUGCUGCUGCACGACCGCAUGCUCGAGGCGCGCCAGGCGCUCAAGGGCCACGCCGACGUGCAGACGCCGUGGUGGGAGCACCCCGUCGACCCGCACACCUUUGACCCGCCGCUGCCCGCCCACCUCUCCUUCCACAUGUUCGUCUUGGACGCCGCCCUGUGCCUCGAGAUCCGCACCCUCGAGCCCCGGCCAGAGGACGAGCCGGCGUCCUUCACCGGCUUCAACUUCCGCGACCGCCUGUCGUCGGCGCUCGGCGGCACGCGCACCCCGCUCCACGACGAGGCCGACAACGUCUACACGUACCGCGGCCAGCCUGUGCGCGUCAGGGACAAGAUACGCGUCGAGACGCAGGACCCGGCCCUCAUCUCGGCCUCGGCCAAGCUGAACGCGCUCGCCCACAGCCUGACGCUGAGCCGCAAGGCCCUCGACAUUGUCAUGGAACUCCCCGACGAGCCGACGCCGACCGGCCGCUGA